UGCCAUUAUUGAAGUUUUCAAAGCGAAAUAAAGACGUACUCAUGGCUCGUACUAAGCAAACCGCUCGCAAAUCGACAGGGGGCAAAGCACCAAGAAAACAGUUAGCUACUAAAGCAGCGCGAAAAAGUGCUCCUAGCACCGGUGGUGUUAAAAAACCUCAUCGUUAUAGGCCAGGAACAGUUGCCCUGAGAGAAAUUCGACGUUAUCAAAAAUCAACUGAGCUGUUAAUAAGAAAGUUGCCGUUCCAGCGUUUGGUUCGUGAAAUUGCUCAAGAUUUCAAAACUGACCUUAGAUUUCAAAGUGCAGCAAUUGGUGCCCUACAAGAGGCUGCUGAAGCUUAUCUCGUUGGGUUAUUCGAAGAUACCAAUUUAUGUGCUAUACACGCUAAGCGUGUAACAAUAAUGCCUAAAGACAUACAACUGGCUCGUCGAAUUCGAGGAGAGCGUGCCUAAACUUGACAACUAAAACGGCUUUUUUAAAAGCCACAUAUCUUUUAUAAACAUUAUUUUGCUGAUGAAAAUUUUUUUUAACUUUGUAAAUAUAUAGAUUACUUUUUAA